AGGCGGAGCGCCGCCGGGGGGCGCGGGCGAGCAGCCGGCUGGCAGCGGAGGCGUGGAAGCAGGAGGCAUGGCGGAGCAGGGCCUGGAGAUGGCCUCCAUGAUCCCCGCGCUGCGGGAGCUCGGCAGUGCUAGUCCAGAAGAAUACAAUACAGUUGUUCAGAAACCAAGACAAAUACUCUGCCAGUUCAUUGACAGAAUUCUUACAGAUGUAGAUGUGGUUGCUUUGGAACUCAUUAAGAAAUCAGAUUCACAGCCAAGUUCUGUAAUGCUACUAGAUUUUAUUCAACAUAUCAUGAAAUCUUCCCCCCUUAUGUUUGUAAAUGUGGGUGGAAAUCAGGAGGAAACUGAAUGCAGUUCCAUUGAAUUUAGUAACUGGGUCAUAACGAGGCUUCUCCGAAUUGCCGCAACUCCAAACUGCAACACAUUGCACAAGAACAUCUGUGAUGUCAUUUGCUCCUUACUUUUCCUGUUUAAAAUGAGGGGUUGCUCCAUCUUUGAAAUACUGACAAAAGACUUGCUACAGCUUUUCCAAGAUUUAAUCUUCCUGCAUGAAAGAGAUGCACAAAAGCAUCUCUGGGGAGAUGUGCUGGUAUGGCCAGUGACUGUGAAGAGAUUUUCAAGCAACACAAGUGACAGUGUGGGAUAUUUAAGACUGGCACCAUUACAGCUGAUGGGUAUGCCUAAUGUAGAAUGUUUGGAAGUUAUCUUAUUGUCUAUCCUGACGCAUAUUGUUGCAGAUGUGUUUUUUGUAAGACAAGAUACUACUCUCUGGGGGAUAGGUUGCUCCCUGUUGGAGUAUGGUAGUCCAAAAGUUAAAGCUUUGUCUGUGAAGUUUUUAAUAAAAUUAAUCCAUUUGGGAGGACCUCCAGAACAGCUGGCCAGUGUUUUCUUCACAGUCUUUUUUGGAAUUCUACAAUCAGCACCUGAAAUGGAUACUGAAGAAUCAGAAAUUUUUGGAGAACUCUUACUGUUGGUGAGGACACUGUUACCUUUUGAAGCAGAUUCUUACAAAAAUAUUGAACCUGUCUAUUUGAAUAUGCUACUAGAGAAGCUUUGUGCGUUGUUUGAAGGAGAUGUAUUUAGGUGUCUUCACUCUGAAAAGCUGAAAGCUGCUUUUUGCCAUAUACUGCAAUAUUUUCUGGAGUUUGUUCCACCAGGCUAUGAAUCUGCCUUACAAGUGCGAAAAGCCCAUAUCAAUACCAUAUGCAGUAUUUUUGUGAAUGUGCUUGGAACUCAGGAAGAACAAGAGUACCUGGUUAGUCCACUUUAUACAGCAUUAAAAACACGAACAGAAGAAAUAUUGCAGGAACUUCAUCAGAACCAGCUGGAUACUUCUGAUACUGAUGGGUGGAGCAGCAGCAGUGAUGAAGUUCCAGAGAAAAGACAACGGCUAAGCCUAUCUACACAGCGUCCAAAAAAAAAAUCACCUACACCAGUAAUACUUAACCCAGUAAACAUGAACUUGAAGAGCACACUGUGGAAUGCCAUCACAAAGAAAGCUGCAUCCUUAAUACUUAUCCUCGAGAAAGAAAUUGUGACAGCGGAUAUCCUUCAGACUGUAGAAGGAAUUACUGUAAUUCUCCGACUAGCUGCGUUGUGCGUAGUUCACUGUUCUCCCCCAACAAAUUCUACCAGUAUAGAUCAUAAAGUAACUCAUCCGUGUAACACUGACACAUGCAAGAAUACUCCAAGCUCCUCAGAUUCUCUGGUGAAUAUGCAGUUCAUAUGGAUUUCCUCUGAUUUUAUCACAAGAGUAGUGAAAGUCUGUAGGAGCCUGUUAGAGGCUGCUACGCAAAUUAUUAACCUAGAACAAGUGGUUGACAGAAUAGUGAAAAUCUUUGAUGCUUUGCUGUAUGCACAAGUAAAAAUUCCACUGAGUGAUCAGAUUCUUGACAAUUUAUGUGGAAUGCUGUCUCUGCCCUGGAUUGGCAGCCAUCCUGACAAUUCUUUUAAAACAUCUGCUUUUGGGAUUGAUCAUCUAGCUUUGAGUCAAAAAACUGCACAGAGUUUCUCACCCCAAACUCAGUCACACUGUGUGUUCCUCCUGUCUCUCUUCCCAAAAAACAUACGUUUGGAUUGGAGAAAAUCCGUUUAUCAUUGGGCACUACAAAGUCCCCAUGAAGUAAUUCGGGCUACUUGUGUUAAAGGAUUUUCUCUCCUGCUUCAUCCACAAGGCAUGACGUCCUGCACUGUAAUUCCCAAAGCUCUUUUAAAUCAAAUCAAAGAUGAGUCUGAGCUAGUCAAGGAGGCUUGUGCUGCUAUAGUUGGGAAAUUAUCUUGCUGUCUUUCUGGUACUUUCAGUGUACAACCUCCUUCAGCAGACUCUGAUAUUAGGCACGUUACUUAUGAUAUCUUAUGUAGCAGCCUUACUGUGACUUCUGCUCAUGAAAAGACUCAUUCUGUGCAAGCCUGUGUUUUCAAGCCAUUUCUUACUCUUCUUGAGAAUCAAGUAUCCAGUUCAGUAAAACUAGCAUUUAUAGAAAAUACACCUCACCUUUGCAAACAUCUGGAUUUUAACAGUGAUGAGUCAAGUGUGAAAAUUCUCAUUGGGUCUUUAUUAAAUCUAAUGGAAGAUCCAGACAAAGAUGUACGAGUGGCUUUCAGCGACUGUAUAAAGAACAUAUUAGAAUCCUUAGACUCUGAAGAAGGAUUCAUAAAAGAGCUCUUUGUUUCAAGAAUGAAAGAAGCCUAUACAAAUGCCAAAAUAUCAAGAAAUAAUGAGCUUAAAGAUACCUUGAUUCUCACAACAGGAGAUAUUGGAAGGGCAUCCAAAGGAGAUUUGGUACCAUUUGCCCUCUUGCAUUUGUUGCACUGUUUGUUGUCCAAGUCAGCUUCUGUGGCUGGAGCAGCAUACACAGAAAUUCGAUCCCUGGCAGCAGCUAAGUCCAUAAAACUGCAAGCUUUUUUCAGUCAGUACAAGAAACCUAUCUGUCAGUUUCUGGUGGAAUCCCUGCACUCCAGCCAGAUGGCAGUGUUGAGUGCGCCAUGCCAAGGUAACGAGCUACGGCAACAAGAAGCUGCUCACCACCGAGAAAUGGCUCUGGACAUGUUAUCUGAGAUUGCCAGUGUAUUUGACUUUCCAGAUCUAAAUCGCUUUCUCUCGCGGACCCUGCAAGUUUUGCUUCCUGACCUUGCAGCCAAGGCCAGUCCCGCAGCCUCCACUCUUAUUCGAACAAUAGCAAAACAGCUGAAUGUAAACCGAAGAGAGAUUUUAAUCAACAACUUCAAAUACAUCUUCUCUCAUUUGGUCUGUUCCUGUUCCAAGGAUGAACUUGAGCGGGCACUUCAUUACCUCAAGAAUGAAACUGAGAUUGAACUGGGCAGCUUACUGAGACAAGACUACCAGGGACUGCAUAAUGAACUACUGCUUCGUAUAGGAGAGCACUAUCAGCAAGUCUUCAAUGGUUUGUCAAUAUUGGCUUCAUUUGCAUCUCAUGAUGAUCCCUAUCAGGGACCUAGAGAAAUAACAUCACCUGAACAAAUGGCUGAUUAUCUGCAGCCUAAGUUGCUUGGUAUCUUGGCUUUUUUUAACAUGCAGUUAUUAAGUUCCAGUGUUGGCAUUGAGGAUAAAAAAAUGGCCUUGAACAGUCUCAUGUCUUUAAUGAAGCUUAUGGGUCCCAAACACAUCAGUUCAGUAAGAGUGAAGAUGAUGACUACACUGAGAACAGCUCUAAGAUACAAGGAUGAUUUUCCAGAACUGUGUUGCAGAGCCUGGGAUUGUUUUGUUCGAAGUCUGGAUCAUUCAUACCUUGGCUCCCUGCUUAGUCAUGUGAUCGUAGCAUUGCUGCCCCUUAUACAUAUCCAGCCAAAGGAAACAACAGCAGUAUUUUACUUUCUCAUAGUGGAGAACAGGGAUGCAGUAAGAGACUUUUUACAUGAAAUAUAUUUUCUGCCUGACCUUCCAGAGCUAAAAGAUAUUCAAGUAGUCCUUCAGGAAUAUCGAAAGGAAUCUUCUAAAAGCACCGACUUGCAGACAACACUGCAGCUAUCCAUGAGAGCUAUUCAGCAUGAAAAUGUGGAUGUUCGUAUCCAUGCACUUACCAGCCUGAAAGAAACAUUGUAUAGAAAUCAGGAAAAAUUGGUAAAGUAUGUAACAGACAGUGAAACUGUGGAGCCAGUUAUCUCUCAGUUGGUAACCGUACUUCUUAUCGGCUGUCAGGAUGCAAAUUCUCAAGCCCGGCUACUUUGCGGAGAAUGUUUAGGUGAACUGGGAGCCAUAGAUCCUGGCAGGCUGGAUUUUUCAACAAGUGAAACUCAAGGAAAGCAUUUCACAUUUGUGGAGUUAUUGUCUAUCUAUGACUGUAGAGAGACAAACACUGACUGCUCAGGCUCCAGGCUUUGGAGGAGAUUUCCUGAGCAUGUGCAGGAAAUCUUGGAACCUCAUUUAAAUACACGGUACAAGAGUUACCAAAAAGUUGUAGAUUGGUCUAAGAUGAAGAAGCCGAUUUACUUAAGCAAAUUAGGUGACAAUUUUGCAGAAUGGUCAGCAACUUGGGCAGGUUAUCUUAUAACAAAGGUACGACAUGAUCUUGCCAGAAAAGUUUUUGAUUGCUGCAGUAUUAUGAUGAAGAAUGACUAUAAAGUGACAAUUUAUCUGCUUCCACACAUCCUUGUCUAUGUUUUGUUGGGGUGCAGCCAAGAGGAUCAACAAGAGGUUUACAUGGAGAUUAUGGCUGUUCUGAAACAUGAUGACCAGUGUACUAGGAGACUUCAAGACAGUGCAUCUGAUCUAAGCCAACUGAGCACGCAGACAGUGUUCUCCAUGCUCGAUCAUCUAACUCAGUGGGCUAGACAUAAGUUUCAAAUGCAUAUUGCUGAGAAAAAUCCUAGCAAGUCUAGCAAAGACAGAGGUGAUCUAAAAACAUCAAGUGAGGACUGCGGAGAAUAUCAAAAUGUGACACGCUUUUUAGACCUUAUACCUCAAGAUACGUUAGCUGUGGCUUCAUUUCGCUCUAAGGCUUACACAAGGGCUGUGAUGCACUUUGAAUCAUUCAUCAUAGAGAAGAAACAAAAUAUUCAGGAGCAUCUUGGAUUUCUUCAGAAAUUGUAUGCUGCUAUGCAUGAGCCAGAUGGAGUAGCUGGGGUGAGCGCAAUUCGGAAAGCGGAACCAUCUCUCAAAGAACAAAUCCUUGAACAUGAAAGUAUUGGCUUGUUAAGGGAUGCUACAGCCUGUUAUGAUAGGGCUAUCCAACUGGAACCUGAUCAGAUUAUUCAUUACCAUGGUGUAGUGAAGUCCAUGUUAGGCCUCGGUCAGUUAUCUACUGUCAUUACACAGGUGAAUGGAGUACUUGCGAACAGGUCUGAGUGGAUUUCUGAAUUGAACACGUACAGAGUUGAAGCAGCCUGGAAACUGUCACGGUGGGAUUUACUGGAAAAUUAUUUGGCUUCAGAUGUGAAGUCCACAACUUGGAGUGUCAGAUUGGGACAUUUACUAUUAUCAGCCAAGAAGAAAAACGAAGUAGCUUUUUACGAAACACUCAAGAUUGUUCGAGCAGAACAGAUUGUGCCCCUUUCAGCAGCAAGCUUUGAAAGAGGAUCCUAUCAGCGAGGAUAUGAACACAUUAUCAGGUUGCACAUGCUGUGUGAGUUGGAACAUAGUAUUGGACCAAUGUUCCAGCAAGCAGAUGGCGACCACAGCAGAGAUUCCCUGAACUGGUGUGCUCGUAUUGAAAUGGCCCAGAACUCUUACAGAGCAAAAGAACCUAUUUUAGCACUGAGAAGGGCUUUGCUUAGUCUCAGUAAAAGCCAGGAUUACAAUGAGCUUGUUGGUCAGUGUUGGCUCCAGAGUGCUAGAGUUGCAAGAAAAGCUGGUCAUCACCAGACUGCAUAUAAUGCUCUCCUGAAUGCUGGGGAAUCUACACUCUCAGAACUUUAUAUAGAAAGAGCAAAGUGGCUGUGGUCCAAGGCUGAUGUUCACCAAGCACUUAUUGUUCUCCAGAAGGGGGUUGAGUUGUGUUUCUCUGAGAACAAAGCACCAUGUAAUACCAAAAAUCAGCUCAUCCAUGGUCGGGCAAUGCUGCUAGUGGGCAGAUUUAUGGAAGAAACUGCUAACUUUGAAAGCAAUGCAGUUAUGAAAAAGUAUAAGGAUGUUACAAAUUUCUUGCCAGAAUGGGAAGAUGGACAUUUUUAUCUUGCUAAAUACUACGAUAAAUUAAUGCCAAUGGUAACUGAUAACAAGAUGGAAAAACAGGGAGAUCUGAUUAGAUACAUAGUUCAUCAUUUUGGAAGGUCUCUACAAUAUGGAAACCAAUUCAUCUAUCAGUCAAUGCCAAGAAUGCUUUCUUUAUGGCUGGACUUUGGAGCAAAAGCAUAUGAAUGUGAUAAAGUGAGUCGUUCAGAGCGUGUUCAAAUGAAAAAUGAUUUGGCAAAAAUAAAUAAGGUGAUUACAGAGCACACAAAUCACCUGGCACCUUAUCAGUUUCUGACAGCUUUUUCUCAACUAAUAUCCCGAAUCUGCCACUCUCAUGAUGAAGUCUUUGCUGUUCUGAUGGUGAUUGUUGCUAAGGUGUUUUUAGCCUACCCACAGCAAGCAAUGUGGAUGAUGACUGCUGUCUCUAAGUCCUCAUACCCUAUGCGUGUCAAUAGAUGCAAGGAAAUUCUAAACAAAGCAAUCAACAUGAAGGAGUCCUUGGGAAAAUUUAUUGGAGAUGCGACACGCCUUACAGAUAAACUGUUAGAACUAUGCAACAAACCGGUUGACGGAAACAGCUCAACAUUAAGCAUGAAUAUUCAUUUCAAAACACUUAAGAGAUUGGUAGAAGAGCACACGUUUAGUCAAAUUCUCAUUCCUUUACAAUCUGUUAUGAUACCAACUCUUCCUUCAAUUCCUGGUUCACAUGCUAACCAUGAUCCUUUUCCUGGAUGCUGGGCCUACAUUGCAGGCUUUGAUGAUACGGUGGAAAUUCUCGCUUCACUUCAAAAGCCAAAAAAGAUCAGCUUAAAAGGUUCAGAUGGGAAAUCUUAUAUUAUGAUGUGUAAACCGAAAGACGAUCUAAGAAAAGACUGUCGGCUCAUGGAAUUCAAUUCGCUUAUUAAUAAGUGCUUAAGAAAAGAUGCAGAGUCACGUAGGCGAGAACUCCAUAUUCGAACCUAUGCAGUUAUUCCAUUAAAUGAUGAAUGUGGCAUAAUUGAAUGGGUGAACAAUACCGCUGGCUUAAGAAAUAUUCUCAUAAAACUUUAUAAGGAGAAAGGGAUCUAUAUGACUGGAAAGGAACUACGUCAGCAUAUGCUUCCAAAGUCAGCACCUUUGUCUGAAAAGCUGAAAAUGUUCAAAGAAGUCCUCCUGCCCCGGCAUCCUCCUGUCUUUCAUGAAUGGUUUCUUAGGACAUUCCCUGAUCCUACUUCGUGGUACAAUAGUAGGUCAGCCUAUUGUCGUUCUGUUGCAGUCAUGUCAAUGGUAGGUUACAUACUUGGUCUAGGAGACCGUCAUGGUGAAAACAUCCUCUUUGAUUCCUUGACUGGUGAAUGCGUGCAUGUGGAUUUCAACUGUCUUUUCAAUAAGGGAGAAACUUUUGAAGUUCCUGAGAUUGUUCCUUUUCGUCUCACUCAUAACAUGGUUAAUGGAAUGGGUCCAAUGGGAACAGAAGGUCUCUUCCGAAGAGCUUGUGAAGUCACAAUGAGGCUUAUGCGUGAUCAAAGGGAGCCUUUAAUGAGUGUCUUAAAGACUUUUCUCCAUGAUCCUCUUGUGGAGUGGAGUAAGCCUGUUAAAGGGAACACAAAAGCACAGGUGAACGAAACUGGAGAAGUUGUCAAUGAAAAGGCCAAAACCCAUGUCCUUGAUAUAGAACAACGGCUACAGGGUGUUAUUAAGACGAGGAACAGAAUAAAAGGAUUACCCUUAUCUAUUGAAGGGCAUGUUCAUUACCUUAUUCAAGAAGCAAGUGAUGACAAUCUCCUCUGCCAAAUGUAUAUGGGCUGGGCUCCAUAUAUGUGAAAUUUGUUCAUUUGGGAAAGACGCCAUCACAAUUUAUGAAGUUAUAAUAUUCUUCAGAAGGUAUUACUCAGUGAUAACUGGUUACUUUUGUUUUCUGAAUGUAAGCAGUGGCACAGUCUUAUGAUCAAUCUGAAAUCUACAUAAAAUAUACAACACGUUUGCAAGCAUGUUGUGAAUGUGCUUGCAGAUGUCAGAUGUUACAAUUUAUGUUUUUUGUACAUAUACAAUGUAGUACAUAUGAGCAGUUAAAUGGACUAUACAAGUCUGCAAGUUCCUUAGGUUCUUAUGUGCUCUGAAUAUAUUUUCAGUGUUGAAGAGAUGCACGCUAAUUUUAAAAUACUGUAUAUUUUUAUAAAGAUUUCCUCAUUAGUUCAUUUGUAGAUUAGAAAAUCUGACAUUACAUUUUAUACUGAUAUGAUAUAAAGGUGUGCUUUCGCCUUUUUUUACUCCGAGUUCAGAAGUCUGUUUCUGUUCAGCAGUAUAACUUGAUUUUUGGUUUCCUUUUGACUUUCUUCCACGUGGCCUUAAUGUCUGAAAAAUGGCCCGAUGUCUUUGGGAGGGAGGGGGGGAUAUUUAGGAUCUCAAGACCUAUCGUGAAUAAACUCAUGAAGUGUUACUGU